CUCGUGUACAUAGAUUCAUUUCUUUUCAUCAAAGAUUAAUUAUCAGCUGGUUGUAGAUUCUUCCCAGACCCUGGGAGGGGACUAUGGAGGGGCUGGACCCCCUUAGUCCCCGAUACCUUUCCACUUCUCCUAACACGAAUCUCCCUCCCACCUGGCCACCAUUCACUACCACACACAUUUGAUGCACACUCUAACAGACCACAAGCCAAACAGACCUCAUUUUCUGACCCUCUUCGCAGGACCCAGGAGACCAUGAGUACCUCCAGGCUCUACACCCUGGUGCUGGUGCUGCAGCCUCAGCGAGUUCUCCUGGGCAUGAAGAAGAGGGGCUUUGGUGCUGGCCGCUGGAAUGGCUUCGGGGGCAAAGUCCAGGAAGGAGAGACCAUUGAGGAUGGGGCUAAGAGGGAGCUGGAGGAAGAGAGUGGUCUAACCGUGGAUGCCCUGCACAAGGUGGGCCACAUCUCAUUUGAAUUUGUGGCGUCCCCUGAGCUGAUGGACGUGCAUAUCUUUUCUACUGACCACAUACAUGGGACACCCACAGAGAGUGACGAAAUGCGCCCUCAGUGGUUCCAACUGGACAAGAUCCCCUUUGCUGACAUGUGGCCUGAUGACAGCUACUGGUUCCCACUCCUGCUUCAGAAGAAGAAGUUCUGUGGGUACUUCAAGUUCCAGGAUCACGACACCAUCCUCAAUUACUCGCUGCGUGAGGUGGAUGAAUUCUAACACAGUGGUCUGGCCAGUUCUGGGCACACUUGGUGACUCACACAAGCCGUCAGUCCAAGGGCACCACAAAGAGGGACUGGUAUUUUCUGUUUGCAAGGUGUUGAGGUGGGAUGUGAAAUGUCACUGGUAGACUAAUGCUUGAAUACUUCAUCUCCACCUACUGGUCUUGUUUUGGAAGGUUGUGGCACCUUUAGGAGGCAGAGCACUGAUGGGGAAACUGAGUCACUCGGGGUCAGAGAGAUGUGGGA